AUGUUACAGACAAUUUUCUUUUUCAUCUUUCUUUCUUCUGGCUCCGUGUUCGGACAAGUCAGUUAUUCCAUUUCGGAGGAAAUGUCGGAAGGAUCAGUGGUUGGAAAUAUUGCUCAGGAUUUGGGUUUGAAUGUAAAAAGACUGAAAGCGGGAAAAGCACGAAUGUAUGCAGUGGACAGCAAGGAAUUUAUUGAGCUGAACAAAGACAAAGGUGUGCUUCUCAUCAAAGAAAAAAUAGACAGAGAGUCUCUUUGCGGAAAAAAGACGCCCUGCGCUUUAGAUCUUCAAAUGAUUCUUGAAAACCCAAUUGAACGGUAUACAGUUACCGUCGAAAUCAUCGAUAUAAACGACAAUGCUCCACUCUUUCAGGCGAAAGAGUUUAGGUUUGAAAUUAAUGAGGCAACUGUGACAGGAGCUAGAUUCAUGUUAGACAAAGCCAUAGAUGCGGAUGUCGGUUCUAAUGACCUACAAAGCUACUCUCUCAAACCGACAGAUCAUUUUGUUUUAGAACUAAAAAAACACACAGGUGGCAAAAACGUAGAAAUUGUUUUACAAAAACCCCUUGAUAGAGAAAAGCAAGAACGUUUCACUUUAUUUUUAACAGCAAUAGAUGGGGGGGAUCCAGCUUUGUCUGGUACAGUACAGAUCCACGUUACUGUGCUGGAUGCUAAUGAUAACUCUCCUGUUUUUAUUCAAAAGGUGUAUAAAGCAUCGGUGGUAGAAAACGCACCGAAAGGCUUCGAGGUAGUAACUGUGAGUGCAUCUGAUGCAGAUGAAGGUUCAAACAAGCAGUUAACUUACAUUAUUUUGAACGGAGAAAAAGAUGUAAAAGAUAUAUUUGCUAUAAAUCCUAGUAAUGGAGAAAUUACAUUAAAUGGCGUUCUUGACUAUGAAACGACAAAUACAUACGAACUUGACGUUCAAGCCAGGGACCAAGGGGGGCUCACAGAUUCGUGUAAGAUUAUUAUUAACGUGUUAGACAUAAAUGAUAAUAAACCAUCCAUCACAAUUCUUUCUAUGUCUACUUCAAUAUCAGAAGAAUCCGCUGCUGGCACCGUAGUUGCAAUAAUGAACGUAGGUGAUCCAGAUGCAGGUGCAAAUGGACAAGUUCAGUGUAGUAUUAGUGAAAACGUACACUUUGCUAUUACAUCACCGUCGAAAAACUUCUUCAGUUUGCACACGGAACAAAAACUGGAUAGAGAGAGGGAUCCUGAGUACAACAUCACAGUGACUUGUACUGAUGAGGGCGAUCCAUCACUCUCCAGCACCGCUUCUCUCCGUUUACACAUAUCAGAUGUAAAUGAUAAUGCUCCUUUAUUUGAAAGAAGUAAUUACGAGGCCUAUGUAGUCGAGAACAACACACCAGGACUCUCAAUAUUUACCGUGAAAGCCAGUGACGCCGACUCCAACCAGAAUGCCCACAUUUCUUAUAUUUUAGAAGAUAGCACUGUGAAUGGAAAUCCUGUGUCAUCAUUUGUGUCAGUCAGUGGCGAAAGUGGAGUCAUAACAUCUGUGCGAUCACUUGACUACGAGCAGUUAAAAUACUUCAAAUUUCGCGUAAAAGCGCAGGACGGAGGCUCCCCUCCACUUAGCAGCAACGUGACAGUAAAAAUUAUAAUCCAAGACCAGAAUGAUAAUGUUCCUCAGGUUCUCUACCCGGUACAGGCUGGUGGCUCAACAGUGACUGAGAUUGUUCCUCGUUCAGCAGAUGUUGGAUAUCUUGUGACUAAGAUUGUUGCUGUCGAUGUGGACUCUGGACAGAAUGCCUGGCUCUCCUACAAACUCCAAAAAACAUCAGACAAGGCGCUGUUUGAAGUGGGGCCACAAAAUGGAGAGAUUCGAAUUGUGCGCCAGGUGACUGAUAAAGAUAAUCUGAGACAAAAGCUCAUUGUAGUCGUGGAGGAUAACGGACAGCCAUCUCGUUCAUCUUUAGCUACCAUAAAUGUAGCUUUAGCUGACAAUUUUCCUGAAGUGCUUUCAGAAUUCAAUAAUAUUAUGCACGGCAACAAAUAUAAUGAUGACCUGACGUUUUAUUUAGUUUUAGCACUGGCUGCUGUUUCCUUUCUGUUUAUCACAACUGUAGUAGUUAUAAUAUCAGUAAAAAUCUAUAGGUGGAGACAAUCGCGCAUCUUUUGCCAGUCCAAUCUCCCAGUUAUUCCGUACUAUCAACCCGGUUACGCAGAUACUGGAACUCUGCCUAACAUGUAUAGUUAUGGUGUUUGUAUGACGACUGACUCGAGGAAAAGUGACUGUAAAUAUUCUACACUAGGUGAAAAAAGUUUUUUAACGAUGGACCCGAGGUUUAUAGACACUUACAAGGCUGGAGAAAACAAUCUUUUGGGUGACCUUGAAACUCCAGAAAUGGUAAGCGUAUUAUAUUAGACAUUGUAGAUUCAUUAAUCAGCAAAUGUCAACCUGAGGUUUAUUCCAUCCUCUGAUUGGAUAUUGUCGUAUACAGUACAGGCCAAAAGUUUGGACACACCAGCCAAAAGUUUGGACACACCUUCUCUUCAAUGUUUUUUCUUGAUUAUUUUUAUUUUCUACAUUGUAGAUUAAUACUGAAGACAUCCAAACUAUGAAGAAUUAUGUAGUGAACCAAAAAGUGUUAAACAAACCAGAAUAUGUUUUAUAUUUUACCAACUCUACCUCUGCACAACCCAACUGAUGGUCUCAAACACAUUAAAAAAGCAACAAAUUCCAAAAAUUCACUCUAGACAAGGCACAAACAUUCAUUGAAAACCGUUCCAGGUGGAAACCUAAUAAAGCUGGUUGAGAAAAUUUCAAAGAGUGUGCAAAUCUGUCAUUAAAGCAA